ACGUUCCUUUCGCUUGCAACCUCUUUUCUUUCCCUUGGGAAGAAGAAAAGGGUUUAUAUGGGUAUGGAUGGUGAGGAGCAUUUGAAUGAGGUUCCUCCCACUGUGGAAGAUUCUGGCUCUUGGGCUGAAAAAAGCAGAAUGGAAAGUGAUUCUUGGGAUGAGGAGAACAAGGUUGAAGAUGAAAAGCCAAGCCAACCUGAGGAGUGUGUCGCUUCCUUGCCAGAAAUUACACAUGGCAAGGAUUUGCAAGCUGGUUUCAAGUUGACCGAGACAGUUGUGAUUGCUGAGGAAGUAAGGAGAGGAGAGCUUGCCGAUAAUGGUUACAUUUCUCUUGAAGACGGGAGCCCUAGUAGAAGACUUGAGAUUGAUGGAAGAUGUAUCCUUCUAUGAAAUUUAGUGCAUGUUUGCUAGUGUUUAAAUUUGAGACAUAUUGCUUAUUUUUCAUAAUUUUUACACCCCAAACUCAACAUGCAUUUAGGGUGUGUUUGGAUAAACAGGUUAAUUAGGCACUUAUUCAAUAAGCUCUUACCACAUGAGGACUUAUAGCAUAAAUUUGACAGUGGGUCCAUUUGGAAGAGCCUAUGGACAGUUUACGAAAAUAGCUUAUUACUCCUGUGAGCUCCUUUUAGGUUAUACCAAUUAGCUUCUUGGCAUAGCUUAUCAAAAUAAGCUGAUUUCAGCUUAUCCUAAUUAUUUCAUGGUCAAGUUUAUGACAUGAGUCAUCAUUUAAAAAGAAAACUUAUUGAAUAGGUGCUUAUUUAUUUUUUGUAUCCUAAGACACCAAAUGAAACUUAUUAGAAUAAGCUAACAAGAGCUUAUGAGAGUCAUAAAUUAUUUGUAUAAGCUUAAGAUAAGCUCUUCUAAAUGCCAACUUAGUAUCCAAAGGUUGUUUUCUUAUGUGUUCUUUGAGCUUCGUCUAGUUUGUUGCUUGAAAAAACUGCUGAGUUGUGCUCUGUGGAAAACCCUAUGUCAGAAUUUACUUAGGCGAAUAAUUAGAUGCUAUCCUUGCUUCAUAUAUUGAUAUGACUUGUGAGUUCUCUGCUACAGGAGUCAUCCAAAUUAUUCAUAUAUGCUUGGUGGGCAAGUUAAAAUGGUGAAUUUCUCUUCCACCUGUGUGAUGUUGUAUUUCAUAAUUUCUGUGCAGUUGUUGCUUUAUAACAAUGCUCUUUAUUGCAUUUGUGAUGUGGUCUUUUGUAAUUGCUGUAGUAAAUGCUUUACAACAAUUGUCUUUGUAAUUUCUGAUAAAAAAUAAAUCAACUAAAUAGGUCUAGUAGUUGAAAUUAAGUGGCCAAAAGUGCAAUUAAUCCUAGACUAUUUUCCCUUCAAAAACGUGUUUGUGCAAUGCUUACAUCUUAAUUUUCAAAAUUCUCUGUACCAAUAUGUUCAUGAUCAGGUAUUACUUGCUUGGAUUAGUUCUAUGCAAAUGUUAUAACAUUGACACUGAUGAAUGCUUUGGAAGAGUUGCAUCCCCAGUUAUUAUUAUGCCUGUUUCCUUAAUAUGACAUGCUAGCUGUAUCAGGUACUAAAGGAGCCCAGAUUAUUGUUGAUGAACAACAACCUUCAGUUCAUUUCACGUAUAAUUCCCUGACAAGGGCUAGUAGACAGAAGCUUCAGGAACUACUACAGCAAUGGUCUAAAUGGCAUGCUAAACAUGUUCCCUCUUCCAAUGAUCCUAGUGAAGUGUUGGAAUCUGGUGAGGAGACAUUUUUUCCUGCACUACAUGUUGGACUUGAAAAGACAUCUGCUGUGUCAUUCUGGAUGGAGAACGAAACAAGAAAUGAUAAGAACAAAGAUUUCAUUCCUUUAGAUGAUAAUUUUGUGCCUCUAUAUGAUCGUGGAUAUACUUUGGGAUUGACUUCAUCUGCUGACGGUUCAAGUAAUGUGGAUGGUGGUCUGGAGAUCAUUGAUGCUGCUGCUCGGUGUUUCAAUUGUGGUUCUUACAAUCACUCUUUGAGAGAGUGUCCAAGGCCUCGUGACAACACUGCAGUCAAUAAUGCUCGCAAACAACACAAGUCACGACGGAACCAGAAUCCUUCUUCCCGGAAUCCAACUCGAUAUUAUCAAAAUUCUCCAGCUGGAAAGUAUGAUGGUUUGAGGCCAGGUGCUCUUGAUGAUGUAACACGUCAGCACUUGGGCUUGGGGGAGCUUGAUCCACCUCCAUGGCUUAACAGAAUGCGAGAAAUAGGAUACCCACCUGGAUAUCUUGAUGUGGAUGAUGAGGAUCAGCCUUCAGGCAUUACAAUAUACACUGAUAGGGAGAUUGCAGAGCAGGAGGAUGGCGAAAUUAUGGAGGCCGAUUGUUCAAAACCCAAACGGAAAAUGACGGUUGAAUUUCCAGGAAUAAAUGCUCCUAUUCCAGAAAAUGCCGACGAAAGAUUGUGGUCUGCUAGGGCUGGACCCUCAAGCUCAGAUACUUCAAGAAACUGGUCACAGCACAGGUCCAAUUAUAAUAGUGAUCACGGUGGAAGAGAAUAUCAUCGUGAACAUAGAUCAGGGGAUCUUAGGGAAGAUGGUCCUCCAGGGGACCCAGGAUAUAGUUCAUCCAGGUUUAGUUUUCAUCCUAGAUAUGGUGGCCAUGAUUCUAUACCAAGAAGUCCUUCAAGGGGAAGGUCCCAGUAUGACUGGAGUAGAAGUCCUUUGCAUGAUGAAGAAUCCCCAAAGCCCUUUUCUUUCCAUUCUCUUCAUUAUUCCUCUUCAGAGAGGCAUUUUUUGCCGGUGGACCGAGAUUCUGAUAGACUUGGAAACUGGUCCUCAGAAAGCCUGUAUGACAGAGACCGAGAUCUUUCGUCACGGUAUAUGGACAGGUGGGACGAUCGCCAUCAUCGCAGUUGGAGGUAAGAUGCCAUUAACAAGAGAUCACGUUGAUAGGUUGUGAAAAUGCAUUUCUGUCAUUGAUACAUUCAAAUUGUUUACCCUCACCUAUUAGGGACUGGGUUUAUACAAAACAAAGUUCUUGCAAAGUUGGCAGGAUUAGCCAUUUUUGCUAACUUUGUAUGCACUCUCCUAACUCUGCCUUGUAGAAUGGAUUAUCAGCUGUAAUAUCGUUUCGAUUUAUAUGCUAAGUUUGUGAAAACACUGGAUGUUUAGCCAAUGUAUGAAAUCUUUGCAAUAGAAUAUGGUUGUUUGU